UCAGGGCCACUCAGGGCCACCCUCCCGGGGCUGGCACCGCUCCCUGUCAUGAAUAUUCAGCCGUGCCUGGCCCGGCCCCGCUGUUUGCUCCGGCAGGAGGGGUUUGGGAGCGGGUUCACCUUGACGGGAACACCGGGACAGCGGCAGGAUGGCCGACGGGCACGGCUGGUGGAAGCUGACGUUCCUGCGGAAGCGGCAGGCAGCGCCCACGGUGCUGUACGAGAGCCCCGACGGGCAGGCGGCGCCGGGCGGGGACGGCGCGGAGGGGACGGGCCCGGAGGGGACACCCGGCUUCGCCGCCCGCCUGGAGAAGAUCGUGGACAAGAGCACCAAGGGCAAACACGUCAAGGUCUCGCACUCCGGGCGCUUCAAGGAGAAGAAGAAAGUGAGGGCGACGCUGGCCGAGCAUCCCAACCUGUGCGGGGCCGGCGAGCGCGAGGAGAAGUGACCCGGGCUCGUUGUCGCCCGCCGGGGACGCCGAUCCGCGGGGCCGCCGGAGCGGGGAGGCCUCCGGAUGGAAUUUAUCUGUGGGAUAAUCCGUGACCUGCAGGACUGACCCCGGGGCACAGCGGGGCUGGCGCUCCCCGUCCCUCCCGCUGCCCAGCGCGGACUGGUUCGUACUGGGACGAGGACACUCCCCCCGUGGCCCGCCUGGCUCUGCUCCAAUCCCAUUCUCAAUCCCAUUCCCAUUCCCAAUCCCCUCCUCCCGGCACUUUUUGGGGCCGAGCCCCGCUCGUGUCCCCGUCCCGAGGGGCUGCAGAGCCGCCCAUGCCGCGUCCUUGCCGAGUCCCCCCCGGGAGGGGAUGCGACACUUCCCUGUCCCGAGGGACCCCGCGGGACCGAUCCCCCCGCGGGGACCGCGCAGCGCUCCCGGGAGGAGCCGCCGUUCCCCCGGGAAUCGCUCCCCGCUGCUGGAAGCGGGGACCCCGCCCCGCCAUGCUGGAAGCGCUCCCGCCUGCUGCUAAUUAACUGCGGUUAAUAAACCGAGCCUGGGAGCGGA